CGUCUUGCCCUCCGCUGUCCCUACGCCGGAGUAGAUACAAAAGAGUCGUCAUCCCCCUCCCCUCAUCCGCCCUCUCCUCCUCCUCCACGCCUCGCCUCGCCUACCUCACCCCGCUCCACACCAGAGGAAGUGCAACGAGGCGGAGGAGAGCGACCAAGCCACCCAGUAUCGCACUAUCCUAUCAAACUGUAUCCAGCGACCAUUACCAGGAACAACCAGAAGAGACCGAUGGCUGCCAGCUACGAGAUGGCCGCCUCCAUCCUGCUCUGCGCCGAGGACAGCAGCAGCGCACUCGGCUUCGGCGACGAGGAGGAGACGCUGUCGGCAGCGGCGGCGGGAGCCAAGACAAGCGGGUCGCCGUACUGCGGCGUUGGCGGCGAGUCCACCGUAGACUUCCCGUUGCCGUCCGAGGAAUGCGUGGCCCGCUGGGUGGCGACGGAGGCGGACCACAUGCCCAGAGAGGACUACGCCGAGCGGCUGCGCGCGGGCGGCGUCGACCUCCGCGUGCGCACCGACGCCGUCGACUGGAUUUGGAAGGUUCACGCCUACUACAGCUUCGGCCCUGUCACUGCCUGCUUGGCCGUCAACUACCUGGACCGCUUCCUAUCGCUCUACCACCUUCCCGAAGAUAAGGCUUGGAUGACGCAGUUGCUAUCGGUGGCGUGCUUGUCCCUGGCCGCCAAGAUGGAGGAGACUUCCGUGCCUCAGUCUCUCGACCUGCAGGUCUGGGACGCACGGUAUGUGUUCGAGGCGAAGACGAUCCAGAGGAUGGAGCUCCUGGUGCUGAGCACGCUGAACUGGCGGAUGCAGGCCGUCACACCCUUCUCCUACAUCGACUACUUCCUCCACCAGCUCAGCGGCGGCAAUGCGCCCCCGUCGAGGCGCGCCGUCCGGCAGGCCGCGGAGCUCAUCCUCUGCAUUUCCAGAGGAACAUGGUGCCUGGAGUUCAGGCCGUCGGAGAUCGCGGCGACGAUAGCCGCCGCCGUGGCCGGAGAAGACCACCACGCCGUGGGCAUCUGCUGCAACCACGUAGACAAGGAGAGGGUGCUGAGCUGCCAUGAAGCUAUUCUGGCCAUGGCGCCGAUAGGCAGCGCCACUGUGCUGCCGCUGGCACCACCCAAAACAGCGACCCUGAGCUCUUCCCUGUCUGCGCCGCGGAGCCCCACCGGCGUGCUCGACGCUGGCUGCCUGAGCUGCGCCAGUGAUGGCUCAAGUACAGCGACCGCUGCGUCGUCUGAGUCGUCGCUUGAAAGCUCUGGUGGUUUCGACAGCUCCCCGGUUAGCAGCAAGAGGAGGAAGAUCAGCAGAUGAUUACGACAAUGAUCGCAACUCUGUGCACACUGGUCAUCUAUCUCGACUCUCGGUGGGAAAGUCAAAUGGUUCGUGAUGGAUUGCGAUGGAUGUGGGAGCUUUUGACGCCGUAUGAAAAAAAUUAAAGAGCGUGAAAAAAGGAUCGAAAGCGGGACGUUUCGACAUGACGACUGAUGAAAAAACUGAUGAAAUAAAGAGAGGAGCCACAACGGCGAUUUUGUACAAAGGCAAAGCUGAGCCGAGCGAGAUGACCGAAAUAAAGACUGAUGGCGAGGUGACAGUGGCAAGAACUAGCAGCGAGCUCCAACUAGCAGGCACUGACCUAGCUGUGUUUUAGUUUGCAUUGUUCUGUAAUUUUUCCCCGAAAUUCCCCAUUGUGUGAAAAAAAGCGAGAGAAAAAACAAAUAAUUUUGUCGUCAAAAUAAAGAUGACAUGAUUGGAAUUCA